AAUCUACUGUAUGUAACAAAUUUUUAAAUCAGUGGGAGACUGACAAUUUUUUGGGAGAACUUGAUUGUAGCGUUGCAGAAUUAAUUUAAUAUUUUAAACAAUAUUCAAAUUUUUUAAAUGUUAAAAACAUAGGGCUUUCCACCAUCGCUUGCAACGUUGCUUUUACUUAGUUGCGUUGCUAGGUGCAUCUGGCAUCGUUAAUGUGAUUCAAUCACAAUAUUUUGCAUUUCAAAAGUUAGGUUAGUGACAGUCUUGCAUAAUGUAAAGAAAACUUUAAACAUGUAUUAAUUGGACCUUUUGCUAAGUAUUUAGACCUAAAUUUUACAUAGAUUUAUACAUAUUUUUACUAAUUUAUUUAAAUGCAAAGACUGUCACUACAAUUCUGAAAAAAGAAAUGAACUACAAAAUGUCAUUGUUUGUUUUAUCUCAAGUCCGAAAAAUCUGUACAAGCCCCCUAAAUCAAAAGAACCACUAUGAAUCCCUGGGUCUGGGAAAGACUGCGACUCAAGCAGAUGUAAAAAGUGCAUAUUAUGAGUUGUCAAAGAUUUAUCACCCAGACAGAAACCAAGGGACUACCGCCGAUCAACGAGACAACCAUUCGCAAAAGUUUAGAGAUAUUACAGAGGCUUAUGAAGUGCUAGGAAAUGUAAAAACAAGGAGAAUGUAUGAUAAAGGUUACUUGAGCCAAAGACCCAAAGAAUCUACCGCUCAAAGAACACCUGAUGAUCCAUUACACAACUUUUACAAAUCACGCGAAUCGCGAAAAAGAACACCGAACGUUGAUGGUCGACAACCAAUCUACAAUUUUGAUGAAUGGUCUCGUAAUCAUUAUGGAGACUCAAUGCGCAAAGCGCAAGAAAUGAAGCAAAGAAAAGCGUUUUAUGAUAAGAGAGCGGACGAUGAGAGCAGCGCAAGGGAGUUCGAAGUUCGUUUCUACGGAUUCCUUCUCUGCGUCUUUGUUUGUAUGCUAUUAAGAGAAUUUUAUCAAGCAGUAAUGUCCCUGAAACCGAAAAAAACAUAUGCACCUAGUGACAAUUGAUGAAUAUGGUCUCUAGCUUAAUUCGUUUCAUUAAAAUUAACGCGAAGGUAAUAAAUAUGUUCACUUUCGGUUUCUAUUGAAUUAUAGACAAAUAAUACAAAUCUAUUCAAAAUAAAUAGUAACCAUAUUUAACUUGACAGAAAUAUUAAUAUUUUGAUUCACCUGAAAAAGCACUAAUCCAUAAAAAAAUUGUGAAUUUAAAUAAAUGUUUUUGUGCAUAUGUAAUACCACAUUUUAAUGAUCUUCAAACAAUAGAUGUUUUAAAUGUGAAUAGGUGAUGAUGACCAAAUACAUUAAACAAUUCGAUUGGAAGGUUGCUAAUUAAAUAGAACAGUGGUUUGUAUUUUUAGUGAUCUUAUACUACGGGGUCUUGUAUGUACAGUUGUCAAACGAUGUGCCUAGUAAGCAUCAAAAACCUCGAAGACCGAAGGCCGAGAAAUAAUAUACUUAGCAGACUGUGUAAUGUACUAUAUUAAUUCUGUAAAUAAAUAUUUGUUUAGGA